CUACAUGCUUGUUCAUGUUUUUACCUUUAGCCUAUCCGUUUUGUUGCUAUUAAAAUAACCGCAUUUUGAAAAUCAACAGAGCAGUUUACCCUGAAGGUCACAGAUCCCCGGAGCGAAAGUCAUUUGGUCAACGAUGACAUAAUGUAGCCGUUUUUUUUCUACACGUAGUUGUGCGUAGCGACGCCCGGUUUGUGAACGAGUCGUUCUUUUGAGUCGGAUCUUUUCGAUGACUCUCAAGAGAACAAAUUAAAAGAGACGGUUUAGCGUAUUUCUUACUAAACGAAGUAAAAGUUGUGUGGUGUUUCGAAUUCGGUGUGGCGUACUUGGCUUGCUAUUUAUAAACUUUCUGGUUAAACGCGAUAUCGUUGUCUUAUUCCUCUCUUGUGGCUUUGAAUAGGAGCGUAUGCUAAAAACACGAAUGUAAUAGUAUAUAGCAUCCAGCCAAAAACUAUAAUACACGUACGAUUCGCAAUGAAAUACUUAUAAAGAACAGCGAUAUGUGGCUUUAUGCGGGAUGCCACGAAUCAUAAGGUGAAAGAAUCACUGAAUUGAUUGAUUGAACAAGUUCUUUCAUAUGAACCGUUUGAAGAACCGAUUCGCGGCAAUGGGACGGACUUCCGUUUGCUAGUCACGUAAACCAGCUUGAACGCUACACAACGACGGUUUAUUAGCGCGAGGUUAUCUCGGUCGAAACGCCGCGAGUCUGCUGGACUUGAACCGGACGUUAUCACCGCCCCUCGUCGAGCCGUUUAUGUGCUGAAACGGCUCAAGUCCAAGCAUGUUUGCGCCGGCCGCUCGUGAACAGGAAGGUGAAGCUGGCUUCGAUGUGAGUGAACCGAGACGUUUUUGCCACUGAAGCAGAGACACUGAUGUCUGGAAGAUGUAACCGCACGUCUUUGCUGCAGUCACACGACAAAACUAAAGACCUGGUGUCGCAGUAAUAGUGCCGCCAUGAGCGCAGUUGUCGGGCGAGUUUGGGGUUGGGUCAGUCCAGCGAAUCUGUACUCCUCCUGGGGCAGUAAGACCAAACCUGAGAAACCCCCCACAUCCGAGAUUCAGGCCAGAAGCAGAUGGGGCUUAUGGGGACUCUCUGGCUGGGUUUGGAGAGGCGAGAAGACCAAAACGGACCAAAAGACGAUUGCUGAGGAUUUCCGGGAGGCCGAGGAGACCAUCGAGCCCUUGAACGUGGAAGAGCUGAGGGCCGAUGUUGAGCGGGAGAAAGCGGCCGGCCACAGCUCCUCUCGCUGGUGGAGCCGAAUGCUGCCAUCCAGAUACUUUUUCUGGCCCCGAUGGUCGUCGUCGUCGUCGUCCCCCGCGCUCCUCCAGCGGAAAUGUGCCGGGUGGAGUGAGGGUACGUGGGACAGCGAUGAAGUCGACGGGCAGUCGGACUAUGGGACGCCUCCGCCGUCUCCCACUCCACCCAAAUCUGCAUUCCAGUUCUUCUCCCGCUCGUGGACGGGGCAAAUCGUGCCGGAGCACUACGACAUUUGCUUUAAUUUCCUCCGCCACCUCUUUGACUUGUUCGUCGUGGGCUUCCUGACCACCGUAUCCCCUCCGACCAAAUUCGUUUUGGACGUGCUGGGGGUGCAGGGGGCCCUGAAGCUGUGGCUCCACGGGAUGGCCAUGUUUCUGGUGUCUUCUGUCGGGAUGGCCGGUCUGCUGUGGGUGGUGCAGGAGUACCUGCUGGUGUUUGCCUUGAUCUACGGUGUCGUGCAGGCGCUGGUCAUCUCUGUCAGUGUGCGCCAGAGUGAAGCUUCGGCAGAGGGGGAUGAUGGGAAGGGCGACGGAGAGGUCAGAGAGAGCGAGGAGGAACAGGACAACAUAUGGGAGCAGAAUGAGCCACAGCAGACCGGUGACGAAAGCAAGAAAGGAGUUAAACAAAGGAGCUGAAGUCCUAGCAAAAUUUUAUUUUUGGUUGUUGACAUGCCGAUAGUCCAGCCCCGAAAUCUUUCACAGAGGAUUUAACCACUUCAACACGACUCCCCACGAGCGAUCGAAGAGCACCCUGAACGUACCAGCACCUCUUCUUCUCUCCACCACUGCAAGUUUUCGCUCGCUUCAAAACGUACUUUUAACGUUCCCAAAACCGAUGUUGACGUAGCACACCAGCAGGAGAGGUAGAUGAGCAAAACACUAGAAUACACAGCCGCAGCGAUAAAACUGUCUGCAAACCCGAAGAACCAUGUACAGAACCGAGGAACCAGCAGUGAUUGAUUGUCAGGGAAAUUCACUUUUACCUUUAUAUGGGAUUCAACAGCUUCUCCCCUCCGCACUGUGUGUUCUGCACAUCUGCAUGUGUCACUUUAUUAGUAGCUCGGUGUGGCCUCUAACAGCGUCUCUGGAUUGUUCUCAUCAGCGAUGUCUAACGGCUCGAGUCACCCAUCCUUAAUUCGGCCCAUUAGUCCAGUCGCAGGCAAUCUUGGGGAACUUUUUGAGUGCAUUAUAAAGGAACUGGAUGCAAAUGACCUUUUUUUUUUGUUGCCUCAUACUUAUUUUUCAUUCAUUGAUCCUGUUCAUAAAAAUCCGACUUGCUUAUAUUUUGGGUUAUGUCAUUAGAACCACUCCGUGUUUGACGUAUAUUUAAAUAUGCUUCUUUACAACAUUAACUGCAUGUCUUGAUUACUAUUAUUUUUUUUUUUAUGCGUUGUCAGUCUUCAUCUAGAUUUCAGUUGAUUAUAUCUGUCGUGCCUCACAAUAUCUGGCACUUCGGCCAGUUCACAGGGAAUUAUGGGUAAAGAAAUUAGUAGUAAUUUGCACAGUUGCGUACUGACAGCUUAUUAUCCAAUGCUCUGUUGCACAAACGUGUCUCUCGCUUGCAAGAAUAGCUUUCUCUUCCUGAAUGUGUUCCACAGAUAGCGUUUUUAUCUAUGCAUGAUAUUAUAGAACAAUGAAAUAUCUGUGAGUGACUUUAACUUUAUGGUACUGGUUUAUAACUUUCUAGGUUGGUCGUGUCAGUUAUUUAAGCAUUAAAAUGUAGCGCUAGAAUUGUUGGAUCACGACGACCUCGAGCAAUGCAAGAAGACGUGCAACCUUUGAAGGGUCUUUGAAAAGUGUUUUUCCAUUUUUGUAAGCCAGCUGUGAAUAGAAAUGUCUGCUGUAGAGUGAAAUGCAUUGCAGCUCAAGGGUGGAUGUAUCUAGGGUGCGAGAUCUACAUCUGCAGUUCUUAAGUGCUGCACACCGAGUCUUUAAUAAUCCUUACAGCUAAAAUAAACUUUCUUUUCCCAUA